GAACGUCAUGACUAAUAAACCAGCGUGACUGAUGACUGAGCCCGGGGGAACGCGAGUCAGCCAAUGCAUUGUAUUAGCUGUGUGGGUGGGGUGAGAAUUCUCGUGCACAUCACCCUGGGAGGACCUUGCUCUGGUUUGCCAUCUGCUGGUGCAUGUGGGGGAGGACAACAGCAGUGGAGAAUUAUCUUAUUGGCAGGCCUCUCCUAUUGGAUGAGAUGUUUCCCCUCGCUGAUUGGCCGCUGGCACAUGCUGGUUAGAGCCGAGGGCCAUGGCCGUUGUAUGUAGCGGAGUGUGACCGGCCGCUAUUGGUCAGUAUGGAGGAAGCGGGUGGCUGCACCUCUCACCCCCGGGGCUGUGAUGGGUGUUGUAUGGGAGCGGGGAGCGGCCUGAGGGAAACUGUGCUGGAGAUGGACUUCCAGAGAGGAAUUUGGUCUGCUGCUCUGGAUGGAGACCUGAACCGUGUCCAGCGCUUUAUUCAGAAGGGAACAGAUCCUAACCUGACUGAUCACUUUGGCUACACAGCACUGCACUAUUGCUCUCGAAAUGGCCAUUUGCCUGUAUGUAGCUUUCUUUUGAGUGUUGGAGCUGACUGCAAUGCUCAGACACAUGGAGGCAGCACAGCUCUACACCGAGCAGCAUACUGUGGUCACCUUCCCGUGGUUCAGCUAUUACUGAAAUAUGGAGCAGACCCCUUCAAGAAAGACUCAGAUGGAAGGACUGUUCUCCACAAGGCAGCAGAAGGAGGUCAACAGGAGAUGUGCCAUUUCCUCCUUCAUCACUGUAAAGGGAUCAGUGAUAUACAAGACUGUAGAGGCCAAACUGCUGCAGAUUUGGCACCAUCCAAGGCAGCUGAUGUUUUCUCUAUAUAAAUUUUAAAUGUCAUCAAGUAAGUUUCAUGUCGGUGGAAGUCUCAUACAGUGCCUCAUGCCUUUGGUCAUGCGCUUCAGUGUGACCAGUUCUCCAGUAUGUUUGCUUUAAAUAUAAAAUGAAGAGAAAGAAGAACCACUGAA